CACAACAUUCGCAGCGCAUGAACCGAUUGAGUGCUAUCACAGAGACGUUGGUGUCUCGAAGUGACGAAAGUCAUGCCGCUCAUGUCUCGUCGAUUGCACUGGGAGCCGCGGUAGUCUGCACCGUGUGGUACGCCGCAGUCUCCUUAGUUUGCGCCGUGGGCUAUACCCAAGUGAGGCGUCACUAUUCUCGUCCACCACCGAAACCGCAAGUCUCCGACUCUGAUGCGCCGCAUGUCACAAUCAUCCGACCUGUAAAAGGCCUCGAGCCCAGUCUGUACCAAUGUCUGGAGUCGACGUUCCUCCAGGAGUACCCAAAACACAAAUUGACUGUCUUCCUCUGCGUGGCUGAUCGCGAAGAUCCGGCCUUUCCCAUUCUCCAGCAACUCAUCAAAGACAAUCCAACCUUCGACGCUCAUGUGCUUGUUGAAGAGGAAGACCCAGAACUUCAGGGAGAUGCGGCAGACACAAGACUUGGACCCAACCCUAAAGUCAGAAACAUGAGCCGUGCGUACAGAGAGGCCAAAGGCGACGUUAUUUGGAUCAUCGACUGCAAUGUCUGGGUCAAUAGGGGGGCUUGCGGCAGAAUGGUCGAUACCUUGAUCGGCAAUAGAGGCAUCAAGAACAAAUUCGUCCACCUGCUACCGCUAGUCGUGGAUAUUGCAGGCACUCCUGUUCCUGAGAGUGCACAGGGUCUCCUCGAGGGCCACGAUCCAGACAACAACUUCCGAGUCGUCUCUACGAGCACUGCUGGUCACCAAUUGCGUGCAUCUGACAGUGCCUCACUGGACGUUUUGAGCGAAGGCGGCGGAAGAAUCGAAGAACUCUUCAUGUCAUCGGCACAUGCAAAGUUCUACACCGCCAUCAAUACCGUCCUCAUCGCACCUUGCAUUGUCGGCAAAUCCACCAUGUUCCGGAAAUCGCAUCUUAACAGUCUUACCGGCGGACAAGGCAUCGACUACUUCUCGGAGAACAUCUGCGAGGAUCAUCUGAUCGGUGACCUGCUUUGGAAGGGAAAGAUUCCGGAAGAAGAGCGUGGUGAGAAAUGGGGCAAGCAUGCACAGGUCUUUGGUGAUUUGGCCAUUCAGCCAAUGGCUGGCAUGAGUGUGGCCGAGUAUAUCGCUCGCCGAAGCAGAUGGCUCAGAGUAAGGAAGUUCACAGUCACUCUGGCGACUUUUGUCGAGCCGGGUACAGAGGCUUUCCUCUGCUCACUCUACGGUGCUUUUGCAUUCACAACACUGCCAUUCUUCCACAACAAGCUCGGUGUACCACAGACAUGGACCGCUUUUGCUUUGUUCUGGAUGUUCAGCGUGUGCAUGUGGUGUUAUGUUGACUGGACAUUAUAUUGCAAGCUGCACUCUUGCGCGUCAGUCCAAGUCGACGAGAACACGCCAGCAUUUGCACGUCCACCAAAGGAUGGCAAGCGACGACCUUUCCAUGUCUGGCUGUUUGCUUGGCUUGCGCGCGAAACGUUGGCACUACCCAUCUGGACAUGGGCAGUUUACGGAGGUGUCACUGUAGUGUGGAGAGGCAAGAAAUUGUGGGUUGGCAUGGACAUGAAAGUUCACGAAAUCAAGUCCGACAACACUUCUGCCACAAGUACAAUCGAUGCUUUCAAGGCAAGGACGGAUUGAUAGUUCGAGCAAACAAUCUUACAGUAUUCUCCCAAUCGCACGAUAUCGGCCUCGAGAAUCCACUUCGUCUGAAAAUUUUCUAUGGUAUUGCUCAUCCUGACGGCGAUUUAGAUAAAACCCCAUGUCAAACGCCGGGGAGGUUGGGGUUCGUGAGUCAGUGCGCGUUUUGCUACAUCAUAAGUGAGCAAUGUGGGUGAAGCAGCGUGAGGUGAAAGCUGUAGUAUAGAAGAAAUACGUUCUUCACUGUGAAGGCUUCAAGGCUCCAAUCGAGACAUGAAGCCAAGUUACAUGUGCUUGCAAGAACAACCUUGCUCAAAACUGAAGGAAGAGGCUCAGUAAGGCCAAAAGGUUAUCAGGGU